GGACUCAGUUUUCAGUGUUUCGGGCCAAAGCCAAACAUUUUCAUUUUCAUAUUUUCGCAUUAAUAAAUAAAAUAGCAAAUAGAUAGAACAAAAUUGACUGUCUGCUAAAGUUGCUUCUAGUGCACACACACCAAACAAAAGCAAAUAAAUAAUUUUUUACAAAAUAUAUACACAGAUAUAAAUACGAAUUAAGUUCAAAGUGCAUCAAAGAUUUCUAUCAUUCUACAAAUUAUUAACGUUGCAACUCCCAAAAUGUCUGACGAUAUUAUCCCAGGUGGCGGCAAUGGCAGCAACAACAACACCACCGAUGGCAGCAAUUUUGAUGCGACGGAGAACGCCAUCACGCCGGACCUGUUGAAGGAGUGGCGCAAGAGCUUCUACAGCGCCCCGAAGAAUGUGCUGGCGCUGAACGUUUGCACCCGCGGCGAUCCGUUCGAUGUGUGCCUGUCGCGAAAGGCGCUGGAAACGACCAAUCAUGUGUUCAACUACAAGGUGGAAACGGAGGGCAAACCGGUCACCAAUCAGCGCAGCUCCGGUCGCUGUUGGCUAUUCGCGGCACUGAAUUGCAUACGCCUGCCAUUCAUGAAAUAUUACAAUCUAGACGAGUUCGAGUUCUCGCAGGCGUUCCUCUUCUAUUGGGACAAAAUUGAGCGAUGCAACUACUUUCUCAAUAACAUUGUGAAGACGGCGAAGCGUGGCGAGAUGGUCGACGGGCGACUCGUCUCAUUUCUGCUGCUCGAUCCCACCUCGGAUGGCGGCCAGUGGCACAUGCUGGUCAACCUCAUAACCAAACACGGUCUGAUGCCAAAGAAAUGCUUCCCGGAGAGCUAUAGCUGCGAGUCCAGCAUACGCCUAAAUGCCAUACUGAAGAGCAAGCUGCGCGAAUACGCGCGACAUUUGCGAGAGCUGAUGGAAAAGAAGGCCAGCGAUAAGGAGAUAACCUGCAAAAUACAAGAGCAAAUGGCUGAAAUCUACAAGGUGGUCGGCAUUUGCCUAGGCAUACCCGACGAGACCUUCACCUGGGACUACUAUGAUAAAUCGAAGAACUUUCAAAGUAUUGGGCCCAUCAGUUCGCUUGAGUUCUAUGAGAGCUAUGUGAAGCCGCAUUUCAAUGUCGAGGACAAAGUGUGCCUUGUCACCGAUCCGCGUCCAUCGAGCCGAUACGAUCAGGUCUAUACCGUCGAUUGUUUGGGCAACGUUGUUGGCGGCCGGCCGGUCCUGUACAACAAUCAGAACGUUGAUCUGCUACUGGCCAUGGUCACGAAAUCGCUGCAAGCUGGCGAAGCUGUCUGGUUUGGGUGUGAGGUUAGCAAGCGUUUUGCGUCCAAGCAGGGCAUCGAGGAUAUGAAUGUCCACAAUUUCAAGUUGGUCUUCGACAUCGAUAUACAAACAACACUCUCAAAGGCGGAUCGUCUUAUCUAUGGUGAAUCGGCUAUGACGCACGCCAUGGUUUUCACAGCAGUUUCUGUUGAUAAAAACGGUGUGGCGAAUAAGCUGCGUGUGGAGAACUCCUGGGGCGAGGAUCGUGGCGAGAAAGGCUACCUGGUCAUGUGCGCUGAUUGGUUCAGGGAGUUUGGCUUUGAGGUUGUCAUCGACAAGAAGUAUGUGCCCGAGGAUGUGAUGCGCGUUUUCGACAUGGAUCCCAUCGUCCUGCCCGCCUGGGAUCCCAUGGGCACGCUGGCGCAAUAAAAUGGUUAUCAUCCAAAUUGAAAAGCUUUAGAAGAACGAAAAUAACAAUAACAACCAGUUAGCACUGCAA